AGGAGGAUGGAGGCGCCCCUAGUAAGCCUGGAGGAGGAGUUUGAGGAGGGGCCGGGAGGUGAUGGGGGGACCCCGCAACGUACUCCGGACCCAGCGCUGGCUGAGUUGGAGAGUUUCUCCGCCGAGAUGAUGAGCUUCAAGUCGAUGGAGGACCUGGUGCAGGAGUUUGAUGAGAAACUCACCGUCUGCUUCCGCAACUACGACGCUACUACCGAGGGGCUGGCCCCCGUGCGGGGGUGUCUGCAGGCGCAGGAGGAGGAGGAGCACCUCCAAGAUGAGGAGGUCUGGGAUGCUCUCACCGAUGGCUUCGCCCCCCGGAGCUCCCCCAGACCCUGGCUGCACCCCGGGGACGAGGCCCCCGACAGCACCGACCCCCAGCUCUGCGAGAAGGAGGAGGAGGAGCUCACUGAGAGGAGUGAGCAAGACUCGGGCAUCAACGAGGAGCCGCUACUGACGGCCGAGCAGGUCAUUGAGGAGCUGGAGGAGCUGAUGCAGAGUUCACCCGACCCGGAGGCCGACCCUGAGGGUGAUGAGGAUGAGGAGGAGGAAGAGGAGGAGGGAAGCGAGGCCGAUGCUGAAGGCAAAGGCGGUGGCGGGGGCACGGAGCCCAUCCUGCUGCGGGAGCUGCGUGCUUUCUCCCCUGCCUUCAACAACAACUCCCAUGAAGGGCUGGGCCGGCUGUCUGCGCGGGAGCUGUCGGCGGCAGCGGGGCGG